GAACGCGGUGGGGCAGCCUGGAAGGCAGUUAUUGCUGCCCAUGAGCAAGGUGUCGGCUGCCCAAACGACGAUGAAGCAACCAAGGCCUGGCUGAGGCCGCAUGAGGCUUGGGCGCGCUCGUUUUAGCAGCCGCUCUCGCUUUUAGCUGCCCCGGGGGCGCGCUCGCGAGCUAUAUGUUGCGGGCAGCCUCGGUUGUGCUGGUGGCUGCUGCGAGCCAACAAGUCGUGUGGUACCAGGAUGGUGCCAACAAGGACUAUAACGGAAUGAAGGCGAGCUGCGACGAGCAGCUGUGUACCUAUGACCAGCUGUGCCCGGGCGGAGGGCCCAAUACAGAACCCGUGGGUGGACAGCAAGCGGGUCACGAUAUGUGGGCGCCGAUCAUUCCCGGACCCGGCGAGGGGACCCAGAAUUGGGUCCAGGUCGGGACGCGGGCGAGUGGCGGUGUUCUCUCCACAGACAGCAGGUUUAGACUUUACUCUUAUCCACGCAGGCCGGUGGCAUGUGCAGGAAGCACACCGACUAUCUUGGUACGCCCCAUCCUGACAGCGGCUGGUGGAGCUCGACCAACGUCGUUCUACAUAAGGGCAGCUAUGCGUGCUGCGUCCCGUCGCCGACGUUCCAGCCAACAGUCUCGCCUCAGCCGACGGUCUCGUGUCAGCCGACGCUGCCCCAACCGACGCCCCUACCGACGCAUAAUAUGUUCCCAGCGUGCGGCGUGAAGCUCCAUCUACAGGAACCAUCGCAUGGUUCUGUUUCCGGUCGUGGUUUGGCAGACGUCUACUGCGCGACUAGCCCGGCCUUGGAAUUUGUUCCCGAUGAAAACGGUGUUCCGGUUUACAUAGGGGUCGGAUGCUGCGACGACGCCGGCGUGUGUCAUCGGCGGGUUGGUGCUAACAAUGACGGCUGCUUCGCGGGUCUUUACGAGGCUACAUGGAAUGUUCUGGGCGACCCCAAGACCUGGCACCAGGCCAUGGAACUGUGCUACAACGAAGGGAAGGAAUUGUGCGCAGCGCCCCUGUCGAAUGGCAUCUGCGAUAGCGUUGGUUGCUCGUACAACCAGCUUUACCAGUGGUCGACUAGGGAGUGCGAGCCGGGCGACGCCAACUACCAGGAGGCAUGUGAGACCUACGCCCCGACCGCCACGCCGACGACAUGGUGCACGCCGACGACGAGGUGGGACAACAAGAAGAAACGGAGAGACAACGCCACGCUGCUCAUCAUCAUCAUAGCCUGCGUCGUGGCAAUCUGCGUGUGCGGGUGCCUCUCAUAUGCAAGCUACGUUCGGUUGAAGAAAAAACCCUCCAAGCUCCACGAGGCCCACGGACGAAUGGUCGGCUGGUACGAGGCGCCUGCGCAAGCGGCGUUGCACCAACAAUGGGGCUCCUUCCCGACGCGCCCCGAGGAGCUUGAAGGGUGGCCUGGCUUUGUCCCGGUGACCAACGCUUUCAUGGACGCAUCCACCGGCCCGGCCGUGCCAUCGGCGCCGCCGCCCCUGCCCCCUAUCAAGGCCCAAGCGGUCGAGAUGCUAACCGAGAGCCCGCCGCCGCCGCCGGAGGGCUGGUUUGCGUCGUGGCGCGCGACGCCGACGGAGGAGCCAGAGCCGGAACCAGAGUGCUAACUCGCAUCGCCGCCGCCACGACGGUGCUCGCUCCAUGGCGCAAUUCACCCCCCAAUUCAUUCCCAGCCUCCGCGACUAAUAUAAACAAGAAGA